AUGUCGUGUGGUGCCAAGUCACAACCGCACAGCGAAAGCAACUCAGUUGAGGUUUGCCCGCUUCCCCUUCCACCACGAAGCGCUCCGCCUCCAGCCGUCUACCACAACAACCGCAUCAAUGCUUCUUCGAACAGCGGUUCAUUCGACAAGCCGACGCUGAACGCGCGUAAACUCCAUGUGGUGAUCGUAAUCGAUCAGAAGGUCCAAAAGAAUCUGCGCGUUCGAGAGUUGGCUCUAAAGGACGUUCAAAAAGUUGCCGACACUCUCAACGUCAAUCUAACGAAAAUCGAUUUUGACAAGCUUGACUUUGGUGAAACGGAAACACUGGACCUCUUCUAUAAUGCUGAUGUGGCGCUUGUUGAUGUUACCGUGACCCAUCAACAGCCAAGUCUUUGCUAUCAUAUUGGAGUUCGUGAAAGCAUGGGACAAUCCUACAAUAUGAUUCUCACUUAUCUUGCCCAAGACUCCGAGUACCAUAUAAUGGAUGCUCUCAAGAAGACACAUGCUCAUCUACCAAUGAUCGUCUACAUCAAUAAUCCCGAAUCGAAUCACUUGCAAUCGUAUGACAAGUCAAGCAAGGGCGACGACGACUCGAAGACGCCAUUCAAUAGAUCAAGCGGUUCGAAUGGACUCAAAAUGACAUCGUUCAAGGCGCGAAUGAAACACGUGCUGAAAAGUGUGCAAGUUGAGGCGAGCGCUCACUCACGUGAGAAAUUUUUGUCCGAUUUGCGAAAAGCGCGAGAGAUUGCCGACGUCGAGCAGAAAAAUGAUUUUCUCGACAAAAUGCGAAUUCGUUUGGAUAAUCCUGAUGUAUUGUCGGUUGAUACGGUUUACCAAAUGAUGCUCUCAUACAGAGACAACCAAAAUUACGGUGGAAUGAUUCAGUUAGUUGAUGAUUUACGUAAAAUCCCUGAUUGCAUGGUCGUGGAAGCGCAAGUUAUACGAUAUCAAUACGCGUUCGCUUUGAAUCGGCGAAAUCACGACGGAGAUCGAGACCUUGCUUUGAGUACUGUACUCAAUCUUAUCAAUCAUACCAACGACAAUGAAACACUGAGUCCGGAUAUAAUAUGCCUUGCCGGAAGAAUCUACAAGGACAAGUUCAUCGCAAGCAAUUAUGAGGAUCGCGAUAGUCUCAACAGCGCCAUUCAAUGGUAUCGAAAAGCGUUUGAAAUGUCCCCAUUGGAAUACAGCGGCAUCAAUUUGACGACGCUUUUGAGAGCCAGCGGUGAGCACUUUGAGAACAACGCCGAGAUGCAACAAAUCGCGGUGGUUUUGAAUUCGCUUCUCGGACGAAAAGGCGCACUGCACAAUUUGACGGAAUAUUGGGAUGUUGCCACCUAUUUCGAGGUGUCGGUGCUCGCUGAGAACUAUCAAAAGGCUUGCGAAGCGGCGCUGAAAAUGGUCAAACUGAAACCGCCGGUUUGGUUUUUGAAGUCCACUAUGGAGAAUAUCAAGCUUAUUAAUCGAUGCGCGGCGACCAUCAGUCCCAUCGAAAAAGAGAAACAGCAAUUUCUAUUUUGGUCCGAGUUCUUCAUGGAGGCGACUGAGGCUGACACAGACAUUAAUUGCCCUCGUUAUCCCGUCUUGAUAUUGGAACUGAACAAGGAGUUCACUCCGUCUUACUUAACCCUCAACAGCCAAGAAGGGACAGUGAUUCUGAGCCAUGUGCUCGAGAAUAGCCAACAGAAGAAGUUGCAUCAAGCCGAAUUGAAGGGAAUUCAUCGUUGGCACUUCACUAGAAAUAACAUCAAAGCGGUUACCGAAGCGAAAAGAGACGAUCGCCAACUUUUCCUAUAUGUUCACGAGAAUUCGGACGAUUUCAAUUUGCUUUUCCCGACAAAAGCGCAUUGCAAAAAAGCACUAGAUGACAUGAAAGCGAUGGCAGACGUGGCCGAUGGAAAUUAUCAAGGAAAAGUGCUCAGUAAUACUGACAACGAGAAAAUUCGAUUCGAGUACGAAAUGAACAAAAACAACGAGCGUGUGGUGCUCGGAAAAGGCACCUAUGGUACGGUGUACUCGGCGCGCGACAUGGACACGCAGCGGCAAAUUGUCGUCAAGGAAAUCGAAGUCAAAUAUGACGAAGAAGUUCAACCGUUGAUGGAGGAAAUCAGCCUGCAUUCGACACUCAGCCAUCAGAACAUUGUGCAAUAUUUGGGAUGUGAUCUCGCGCAGCUCGACAACGGCAAAGAGGUGUUUCUGAUUUUCAUGGAGCACGUGCCGGGCGGCUCAUUGAGCUCGCUGCUUCGCUCGAAAUGGGGACCGCUCAACGAGCCGGCGAUGGUGUUGUACGGCAAACAGAUUUUGGAAGGCCUCAAGUAUUUGCACGAGCAGAAAAUUGUUCAUCGAGACAUCAAAGGUGACAAUGUGUUGGUGAACACGUACUCGGGCGUCUGCAAGAUCUCCGAUUUUGGAACGUGCAAACGUUUGGCUGGAUUGAAUCCCGUGACUGAGACAUUCACAGGAACCCUUCAAUACAUGGCUCCUGAAGUUAUCGAUCAUGGUCAAAGAGGGUACGGCGCGCCAGCCGAUAUUUGGUCGUUUGGGUGCACGAUGAUGGAAAUGGCCACCGGGCGCCCACCAUUUGUCGAAAUGCAAAAUCCGCAAGCGGCGAUGUUCCGCGUCGGAAUGUUCAAGACGCAUCCUCCAAUUCCGCCAGGAAUCACCGAAAAGUGUCGAAGCUUCAUCAAAUCGUGCUUCCAUCCAGAAGCCCAUGAGAGACCAUCGGCAAAAGACUUGCUUCUCGAUCCGUUUAUUCAGCAAAUGCAUCAUUCAAUAUCGCGCACACGCAGCGGAUCGGUUAAUAAGAAGAAGCAGGCAGUGUCGCCGCAGAAGGCGGAAGAGAAUAAGGACAAGAGCAAGCAGCAGCGAGAGAUGCUGCGUUCAACAUCGCAUAUUGGAGGAAUGGGCGUCAUUGAGAGAUCGCCACCAACACCCGAGCCGACGUCGGCCACACUGAACGCCGGAUUUCCGCAUAUUCAUAGUGUGUCGAAUGCGUUGAACGUGGCGCGAGAAGAGAAGAAGCUACACUUGAAAAUUGAUAACAGCCGCAAUCGCACGUUCUCUUCAAGCAGCCCGGUACCGGACGGUCAAUCGUCAGCGGGCACGAACAUGUCGCAUCCUGGAUUCCAUCUGAGUCAGCCUUCAAGUCCGAUUGUUGAUGAUACAACUCAACCAAAUCUUGUGGUUUCACCAAUAACCAUGAUGAAUCUUGGAUCGCCGUUGUCAUCAGCAGCGCUUCUGAAUCGAACAAUAUCGGAUGAGAGCUCGAACGCGUCGCGAUUCUUCAUGCUUCAAAAGGAUUCGGAGCGGCGUCGGACUCUGGCGCAAUUCAUGGCCGAGUACAAGGAGCAAAUCAUUGAUUCGUGGUCAAGUUGUCUGAUCGAAUCGUGCGGAUCGACGGAAAUGGUUGUGACUGUCACAAUGCUUGAAACAUUACUCGACGGAAUGCGCGACUUUCUCACCAAGAAAGACAGUCGGACCAUGCGAAAAAUGAUUGAUGACAUUCGAUGCCUUCUGGAUUAUGACACCGCCAAAAUUGCGCAAGUCAACUUGGCGCUCUAUCAUUUCUCGGAUUCGAUUCAGCCGGUCCUUCGACGAUUGGACAUCAAACCGCAUUGGAUGUUCGCAUUGUCGAACUUGAUCUCGUCGGCGGUUCAAUGCGCAAUUUCAAUUUUGAGUCCCGACUUAUCGGAGCUUCUUCACGCUCAGGACGACGCGAUGCCUUCGUCGUCGUCGAUUGCCGUCGUGCGAAAUUCGGCAAUAUCGGAAGGCGAUAUUAUAAUCGAGAGUCGUCCGCCGAGCCGCGACGAGCGCGUACGGGAAGAGCGCCGAGAAUUGCGAAGCAUUCAGGAGGAGAACGAAGCGCUUCUCGAAAGAUUGAUCAGUGUUGAGAGGGAGCUCAACGCUCAACUUCGAUCGGGAUUGAUACGAGCGCAACGAAUCCGAGAUAUGGCCAUGUUCCGCAACACGUAUCCCCCAUUCCGAACGCCACCAAUGGCGCCGUUGACGCCACCAUUUAGCGCGUCGCAGCCAUCGGGAGCGUCUUCUACAAAUCCCCCUCAAUUCCCUUCAUCGACAUCACCGCAAACGGUUACACAGAAGAUCAUCAUGCCGCCGGGGGCCGACUACAAUUUGACAAAAGGGCAAGAGGAACUAGUUGCUUGGCUGAGAAGCCUUGACAUUGACGAAAGGUCGAUCGCGUUGAUCGCUGCAGAGCAAUACUCGAAAGCCGACUUAAUCGAAUAUGUGACUAGGAAGGAGCUAUUGAAUAUCGGAGUCGCUGGUGGUGGAACGUGUCGAAUAAUGAGAGGGAUUUCCGAAAUCCGUGAGCGCCAACGUCGAGCGCCGGUGUUUCUAUCGCCAAUGCGCAGUCGCGACGACUCACUUGACGAUUAUCACUCGAGUAGUGCUGAUGAUAUGUUUACCGUAGCUGAACCCACAUAG